CUGUACUCUGGCUUAACAAGGAGCACGUCGCGCCUCUGUCAAGCAGCCAGCGAUGAUUGCACUGACGUGAUUUACCUCGACGGUUGACAGGAAACGCUUUUAAAAACUGUGUGCGCGGAAGAAUACAGCAAGGGGAAAACGUUUCGGCGAGGCCCCACGGCUGCGAAACGGUAACGGUUCCGGCGUUCGCAGCAAUCAAGGCGCGGCAAUUGGGCACAGAAGAAGAGCUCGCGCUCGGCACUGUCCCCGUUGGUCGAGGCACGGACGGUACCUCGAACGACGGACGCUAAUGCCUCUUGGCUUGUCCCGUUAAUGACCGCCCUGCCAGGAGCUGUAUGCCUCGCAUUUCUACGUAGCGGAAAAAAAUCCUAUUCAGCUGUCCGGAGCCGUCUUCAGACAAGAGCGCCUAGACUGGAAUUUUCGUCACGGGCGUUCACUUAUACAGCAUGGAGAACCCGUGCAAGUACCACAGCGACGCCAAGUGUACCACGGCGUGCAAGCAGUUCAGAAACCUGCCGCACGGAUACUGCCGUGGCGACCAUUGCGAGUGCAGCACCCAAGCCCGAGCUGUGGUUGAAUCCGCGCCGGACCCGUGCCAGGUUCAGGACGUCGGCGCGUGCGUCGUGGGCUGCACGGGCGUGUCGUUUGACAUGGGACAUUGUGUCGAGCAGGUCUGCCAUUGCCUCAACAUGAACGGCGAGCAGCCUGGCACCAGACUCAGCGACGACAAGGCAGCCGCCUCGAAACACAAGGCUCCGAGCGGUGCGGCGAAGCCCGAGCUCAGGGUUGCGGUCGAUGGAGGUGGACACCGGAAACAGCCGCAGCACAGGAAGCGGGUGAUCGGCUCAUCGCAGGAAACCUACCUCCCGCUGCUCGAUUUGCUGUCAGUGCCAAAAGCUCUGUACCACAUGGACCCGUGUAGGAAAGGGACGCCCGAGCAGUGCAGGAUGGACUGCGGAAAGCUGCACUACGAUCGAUCCACCUGCGUGUUCAACGUGUGCAGGUGCAGCAAGACGACCACGAGGAGCUGACCAUUAUCGAAGCCUUAUAGGGUGUGGCCAGAGACGGCGAGUUUUAGCUCACGCGCAGACAAGACAGGCAGCGUGUGCGCAAAGUGAUUUCGGAAAAGGAUGUUAAAGGGACACUAAAAAAAAGAUUUUCAGCCGUAACAAUAAAUUAAUGUUCUACGUUUACCAAAAAACACUAAUUAUUACCGUGAUAAGAGGUUUGGUACAAGCAAGAAAAAACGCAAAGACGAAACCGUGGUAGCGACACCUCCUUUAUGUUUCCAAACCAGCCAGCCGCGACGUAAUAGAUUUUGGCGGCCCCUGCUAGGACCUAAUUAAGCUUUUAUCGGUAAAAAUAGAUGUGUUGUUCUCUAACGGGGUCGAAGACUGAACGCGGCAAGUCUCAAUAAGUUUUAACGAGUCACAACGGCGCAAAUAUGGGAACUAUUACUUUGAGCUCCAUGACGUCAUGCUGACGUUCCGGCUAUAAAAUUUCGGCAAGAAAUUUGAAAAACGGAAUUCGGACCUUCAUUUUACCUUCUAUUAACGAACCCAUUACCACGAAGUUAACGGAAAUAAAGAUUGGGAAAAAUACUUUAUCGGUUGAAAUUAAUUUAGUAUUUGUCUUUAGAGUACAUUUAAGCUGGAUUGUUGAUAUAAAGUGUGGAAAAAUUCCAAUAAAGUUUUGAGUUGCGAGUCCAGUG